AUGUAUAAAGUUGAAGACAGUGUUUGUGGCGGAUACAGGUCCUUUCGAGAUAUCGCAAUCUUAGAGCGACUUCUGGAAGCUGAUGAUGAAUUUAUUGCUAACGAGUUGUUGAAUAAAGAAAUCCGAGCAGGUCGCUGGCAGAAAAAUGGUUUUCCUGAUUCUAAUAUUGACGGUACGAAUUGUAAUGUGAGCGACAUUAAUAAUAGAGGAAGGAAUAAUAGUGGACAUUUGCAGAAAUGUAGAGAAGUUCGCGCAAUCCAACUUUGCGGCUGGCAUUCUGAUCCUAAUGUUGUCUACAGAAAGACAGAAAAUGGUGGAAUGUCUAAAUCAAAGCUGGCAGCUGGGUCUUUGGGUAAGGAUGCACCCCUUCCUCGUGAUUCAAAAAGCAAAACAUUUUCUUCCGAAGACUUUGUUUUUCAGCAUUACCUUGAUACCAGUCAUUAUAUUGAACAGUAUAGACAAAAACACAGGUGUUCAGACAAAAUCACAUUGUCGCCGGCCAGAAGCGACUUAUCUGACUUACGAAAACCACAACAAAAUCCUUAUUUUUCACCAAUGACCAUUUUUUCUCAAACCAUUUACCAGCAGGAAGCAUCGAUGCCGUCAUCUCAGCUCGAAGAUUUGUUGGUGCAGAACCAAACACAAAACAAAUCAUCACAGGCUACUACAAACCAGCUAGCAAAUAAACGGGAGCAACUGCGUCAAAAGCUUCAGAUGCUGAAAAACUUCAAGAAAACAUUUUCUCCCCCCAUAGGCACAUAUGAUACAAGCAAGGUCAAGGACAUUCCUGAAUCAGUCCCCAGCAGUAGCCAUUUAGAAAGAACGUGUUCGAUGAAAGAGAUGGUUUUGAUUCCAGCCAUCAUCGAUACUCCUUUUUCGAAAGCCACAGCUGGCUUGUUGAGAGUGCAGACGUUAAAUAUUGAUUCCCUUCCUAACAAAAAUGCCAGACUUCUAAAACCAGGGCCCGUACUGGAUACAGUUACUGGGAAUAACUUGUUGGGUCACAGGGUUGGGCUUGGGGCCACAAACCAGAUGAGGAUGUUGGAUGCUACUGCAUUCAGACUUGGAAGUGGAAAUGAGAAACAGAGUUCUUGGAGCCAGAAAGUCUCCACCUGCUUCGACGCUCACAUGGGACCGACUGCUCUGGCCAACGAGCAGGAAUACACCUCAAAGCCGGUUCAACUUGUUAUGACCAGCCAGCACCAAGAAGGACACCCUCAGACUCUGGGACCAGACCUCAGCCAAAAAGUGCAGGUUUCACAACUUCUGGACACCAAAAGUCGUGGAAGUUAUAGAGCUAAAAAUAGUAUUGAAAUGGUUGCCUUGGCGAAUUCUCUUCUUCAGAGAAGAGAUGAGAUAAAUUCACGGAUAUCCGGUAAAACAGCAAAACAAAACAUGCCACAAAAAGAACAUUCCUUACUGACUGUAGUAGGUCAUGACUGCAGAAAGACCAGAGAGUUUGUCUGUGACCACCUAGCUAUUGCCAGGAAACAUAACAACAAACUGUUGCUUUCCCAUAACCAAAGAAUCCAGAACAUAAUCGAGCAGUCAAAACUAAAACAAAAGUUUGACCAGAUACUGAACAUGCCUAAAGGGCCAAGUAAGACUAUUCUUGAAAUAAAAAGUAUUCAAAUCACAGAUCCUUUUGUCAAAGCUGUACCUGGCAAUGGACCUCUUUUAAACUUAAACAAUAGCUGCAAAGCUGAACAGAGUGUCUUCAGCCCCAUCUGCUUCUGUGUGGUUAACUGUAAAAACAAUAAUAAUGAGAACAGUUACAGCAGAAAAGCUGUACCUGGCAAUGGACAGAUACUUGUAAACUCUACAGAAGCCACUGUUCACGAUGGAGAGGAGGAAUCUUGCAGCAACAGUUCAAACAGUGAUUCAACCCAGAGAGAUAUGCAUGAGGGUUCUCAUAUAAUAAGUCUUACCACGAGCACAGCUGGAUUAGAAUAUUCAAAUCCGCAGACUACACACGCAGACUUCUCAUUUGCAGAAAACAUUGAUGUGAAAACUCAAGUUGGUCAGGGUUUCUGUGCAGCUUGUGGCCAUAUUCUUGAUGUUUGUCCCCCAAAGAGCAAGCUGAAACAGGCUUGCUUACACAAAUCUUACUUCCAUCGGCUCACAAAGGAAGUUCAAAAGAUGGAAGUAAGACUGCCUGAACUUAGAUACUUAGAGGUUCCAUUAGUGUGUAGAUCACACUCCUUAGACCUAUAG